AUGGCGCAAAGCUCUAGCACAUUGUGGCAACGAUCUGCAGCGCUUUCGCGUCUUGCCCACAGUGAAAGCCCAUCUAAAAGUGGGCUGAUCCUAAACUAUCCGAGCUUAGCUUUGUGUGCCGCGAUACGGCAGACUGGCCAUUGCUGCAUGUAUCAUCAAGCGGCUGGUACAGGCCCCGUAAGAAAGGUUCGCCAUACCACACUUUCUGCUCGACAGCCGAAGUGGGGGCCAACCUACGAGGCAGCUUAUAGAACUGCCCGUCGACGAGGAUGUCUGAUUUAUGUGCAUGGACUAAAUUUAUCCAUUCGGCGAGCUCUUAAGGGAGGAAAAAGUGAGGGUAUGAGGAGUGUGUAUUUACCCGUUGCGCCAAACUAA